GAAUGCCAUCUAUUUCCGCUUAAAACGAACGCCUGAUAAAAGCGCGGGUAACCGUCCUCCAAACAGUCCGAACUUCCAAAGAAACCACAACGAGUUAAACGAGUUGUUUCUUUGAACUAUUUUUGACGCAGCUGCAUUUUUUACCAGGGAAUCAUUGGAGGACGCUGAAUUUAUCAGUGUUAACAUAAAAGAAUCAACACAAUGUUCGAAGCACGUUUGGUACAAAGCGCGAUCCUGAAGAAGGUAUUGGAUGCGGUAAAGGAUCUCCUAACCGAGGCGACUUUCGAAUGCUCUGACUCGGGGAUUCAGGUCCAGGCGAUGGACAAUGCACACGUUUCCCUCGUCUCGUUGAAUCUCAGGAGCGAUGGCUUCGACAAGUAUCGUUGCGAUCGAAAUUUAUCAAUGGGGAUGAGCAUUAGUUGUAUGUCAAAGAUAUUACGAUGCGCCGGUGCAGAAGACACAGUAACCCUCAGAGCAUGGGACAAUCCUGAGUCGGUCGUUUUUAUAUUCGAAUCGCCCAACAAGGAGAAGCUAGCCGAAUAUGAAAUGAAACUGAUUAAUAUGGAUCAAGAACAUUUGGGUAUACCUGAGACUUCAUACUCGUGUGUUGUAAAAAUGCCCACUGCAGAAUUUACUCGUAUAUGUAGGGAUUUGAGCCAAUUUGGGGAAUCUAUAACUUUCGCGUGUUCCAAAGAAGGUAUAAAAUUCAGCGCGUCUGGCGAUUAUGGCUCAGCUAACAUCAAAUUAGCGCAGACUGCAGACGCUGAUAAGGAAGAGGAAGCAGUAAUAGUCAAUAUGCAGGAACCAGUAAAAUUAACGUUUUCUUGUCGUUAUUUGAAUUGUUUUGUUAAAGCUGGUCCUCUUUGCAACCAAGUUCAAUUAUCCAUGUCUGACGACGUGCCUCUAGUAUGUGAAUAUAAAAUUGGCGAUAUUGGACACAUCAGGUAUUACCUAGCACCCAAAAUCGACGAUGAGGAAGAAAACUAAAAAUACGACGGAAAUAGAAUUCAUAUACAUUGAACGGCACUGUAUUACGUUACUGAUUAUUUUGAAAAAUUUUGUCCUAUGAACAUUCGACAUUGUCAUAUUUAUUUCAAUAGAAAAUAAAUUAUUAAUUGGCUUGACAUAAUUACAA